AUGGAUUUUGACCAAAACAUACAAAUAUACAUUGCAUCCGGUGAAAUUUACGGUUGUCAAAACAGACUUGCACCACUAUGCAACACAUUUCCACAUAUUGUGAAAAAAGAUACGAUAUUAGAUGCGGAUGAGUUGAAGCAGUUCCAAAACCAUUCGUCACAAAUGGCUGCUCUAGAUUUCAUGGUUUCGGUUGCUAGUAAACGAAGAUACCUUGGAUUCAAGAAAACUACAAGAUUAGAUAGAGAAAAGCUUAUAAAUUUAAUAGAUUUGCACCAAAAUGGGACGAUCUCAUGGAUAAAGUUCUCUGGUGCUGUAAAAAUGGCACACAGGAAAAGAUUAGGCCGAUCAGGUGAUCGUAGGAUUGUUGCUAACAAACCCAAGGAAGAAGAUUAUUUUUAUGCAAACCCUCAAGAAUGCUUCUGCGACGCAACAACAAAUAGUGAUAGUUAAAUUGAUCAAGAUGAAUG